AAUGAUUACUCCAUCUAACAUGGCAGCUCCCUUGAAAGUCUGUCGGCUUUGCUGUCAAAGGGAAAAACCAAUUACAAGCAUUAUUUUUAGGCUAUUGUCCACAAAUUCAGCUGGAUGUGAAGAUAAAAGAACAAAAAGAGAAACUAAAGACACUCAUUUUGGAUUUGAAACUGUUGCAGAAGAUGAGAAGGAAGAUAGAGUGUAUGAAGUUUUUAAGAAUGUUGCCAGCAAGUAUGACCUAAUGAAUGACACAAUGAGCCUUGGCAUACACAGACUGUGGAAAGAUCAUUUCAUACAAAAAAUGGCCCCAAUAGCAGGGACCAAAUUAUUAGAUGUUGCAGGAGGUACAGGUGAUAUUGCAUUUCGUUUUCUCCAAUACACACAAUCACAAAAUGAUGAAGCCAUUGUGACAGAAAAUUUUACUAUUCCUUCAAACAUAACAGCGGGAGCAUAUUCCAUUCCCAGUGAUUAUGCUGAAGAGGAAAGACAAAAUGAUGUAGAUUUAUCAAACGUAGAUCACCCUUCACACGUGACGGUGUGUGAUAUUAAUCAAGAAAUGCUAAGUGUUGGAAAAUCUCGUGCAGAGGAAGCAGGAAUAACUUCAGGCAUCAACUGGGUUCAAGGAAAUGCAGAGUGUUUACCAUUUGAAGACAAUAAUUUCGAUGCUUACACAAUUGCUUAUGGAAUUCGCAACUGUACUCACAUUGACAAAGUCUUAAAAGAGGCACACAGAGUGCUGAAACCUGGAGGACGAUUUAUGUGUUUGGAAUUUAGCCAAGUAAAUAAUCUAGUUUUACGUCGGUUUUAUGACUCCUAUUCAUUUGAAGUUAUACCUGUAAUGGGGCAGGUGCUUGCUAGAGACUGGAAAUCUUACCAGUAUUUAGUGGAAAGUAUAAGACAGUUUCCUAAUCAGAAGAGAUUUGCAGCAAUGAUUCGACAUGCAGGCUUUGGGAUGGUAUCCUAUGAAGAUCUGACAUUUGGUGUAUCUGCCAUUCACUCGGGCUAUAAAUUAGUUUAAAGUCAGAAGUUCAAUAAUGUCCCAUGGAAUUAAAGUAUUUGUUUACAAUAUUUUGUCUCAACUUCAAAGGGUAGACAUGUUCUUUCUGUCAGUUUUCUUAUGAUUAAUAUUUCAGUCAAACCUGCAUUAAGCAGUCACCGAUGGAACUCAGUAAAAGUACUAGUGACCUCUAAAGAAAGAGGCCGUCCACUCUAUCAAGCAAAACUUACACGUUCUAUGAUUUACAAUUGUUACGUGCAUUUAAAUAUAGAUAUACAUACAGGUGUACAUGCAAUUCACUGUCUGUAAAAGGUUUGUGAAUUUUGUUCAGGAAUGCAUUGUUUUUAGCUCACCUGAGCUUAAAGCCUUUCAUCAGUUAUUAAAUGUGUGAACUAUA